AUGGGUCACAGCGCUGGUCUGCGAGCGGGCACCCGCUAUGCCUUCAACCGCGGGUUCAAGAAUCAUGGCAUGAUCAAGCUCUCCACGUACAUGAGAGUGUACAAGGUCGGCGACAUCGUUGACGUGGUUGCGAACGGCGCAGUGCAAAAAGGCAUGCCAUACAAGGUGUACCACGGCAAGACCGGCGUCGUCUACAACGUCACCAAGUCGGCCGUCGGCGUCAUCCUCUACAAGCGCGUCGGCAACCGCUACAUCGAGAAGCGGGUGAACGUGCGCGUCGAGCACGUCAAGCACAGCCGCAGCCGCGACGAGUUCAUCGCGCGGGUCAAAUCCAACGCGGAGAAGAAGAAGAAGGCCAAGGCCGAGGGCGUGCACAUGCAUCUGAAGCGACAACCGGCCAUGCCCAGAGGCCCGAGGACCGUAUCAACCAAGGAUAAUAUGCCUGAGAGCAUCACGCCGGUGCCGUAUGAGACGACGAUUUAG